UCGGUAAAGCUGCAGAUGAAUGAGGAACUGGCUGGAGCAACAUUGUUGGCCUUUGGCAGCUCCCUUCCAGAUUUGGUGGCCAAUCUGAUGCCGAUUCGUGCCGAGUCCGCGUAUUUCGAUGGAACCAUCGGAGAUGCCGUGGUUAUAGUGUUAUUGUGUGGCGGUCUCAUCUGUUAUAUGAAGCCCUUUAAGAUGGAUGAAUAUGUUAUAGUGCGGGAAUUGUUGUUCCUGCUGCUGUCCGUGGAAUUAUUACGAUUCCUCAUCUUCGAUGGGGAUAGCAUCAGCCAUACAGAUGGCAUAAUCCUGCUCUCCGUUUAUCUGAUUUACUUGAUCAUCAUUAUAGCCGAUCUCAAGUUGUUGCGGUUUACCAUAAGGCAGCUGCGCAGGCAAAUAGCAAACUUGGAACGACAACCGAUUUCCACAGAACGCGACAGGAAGCUGAGAAAGAAGAUAAGCAAUUUGAAAAAUCUAAUUCAACACGAAUUUAUGCACAUACGGAGGAAGUCUCUACGUGGAACGGGAGAGUCUUCAAGUAACAUCCAGAUGAUAGGCGCACCAUUUGCCCAUUCCAAGCCGGAACCCGUGGACUAUGAGGCAACACGCACCAUUCUGCACAGCAAGAAGAAUGCCAAGAAUCUGUUUCUUUGGGGUGACUUUCUGGACUCACUGAAUCCCAUUGAUGCCACGGACUGGAAGUUGGCCGGUCCCUUCCAGCGUGUGUUCAUCGUCAUCCGCUCACCGAUGCUCCUGAUUGUCACCAUCUUUGUGCCUGUGGUGGACUACGAGCGGUACAAACAUGGCUGGAGCAAGUUGCUCAACUGCACGCAGAUCAUCACGAAUCCCUUUAUCCUGAUAACCGCCAUACAUUCCAAGUUUGUCAGUGUAUACAGUUCGUGGUACGUCGACUUUAACAUCAACUAUGCCAAGUGGUCUCUGCUCCUCUCCGUUCCCCUGGCCCUAUUCACCUUCUUUCAUGCUCGCACUGAUAUGCCACCUCCAUAUCAUAUCCUUUUUAUUGUGCUGAGUAGCACUAGUUCCUUGGUCAUCAUCGUAUUUUGCACUGGCGAAAUCGAAGUACUCAUUUCCAUUGUGGGCAUCGUUUUUAAUUUAAGUGAACACUUCUUGAGCAUCACUUUCGGAUCGGUGGGAAAUGCGGUCAUUAAUUUAAUGGCUUCCUUUGCCAUGACAAUGCAGGGCUAUGAGAGAAUGGCUUUUACAGCCGUCUUUGCUGGACCAUUUUUUAAUAUUGUCGUUAGCAUGGGCAUCACCUUCCUAUUCAAUGAGAAUGUGCGUCUGAAGGGAGCAUCAACAUGGUUAAAUGGAGAACAUGGCGACAAUUGCUAUAUAUUUAUAUUGAUAACCAUAGUCAGCACAUUAUGGUGGUGCUUGACAUUUAAUUUCAUCGCACGACGCUCGUCUGCAAUAUUUUAUUGGAUAUUAUUUGUACUCUUUAUUGUUUAUGCGAUUGCUGUUGAGUGGGAUUUGGUGCAUGAUAUGACUAAAGAUGUAAUGUUUCCGCCCAAAUAACUAAAUACACCUAAUUAUA